AUGUCGACACCGACUUUGGCUGAGAAGUUGGAUAAGAUCAAAUCUCCUGGUCUGCAAGGUCAGCAGAGGAAUGUGGUCGUACUCCAAGCAGUCGAGUCAACCAUUAAAGAACAAAAUGCCGCCCCGACCCCGACCGGUUAUUUCGCAGCUCUCCUAGCCUUGCUGCAACAGGCAAUAAGUAAUGGAAGUGUAAACACCGAGCUGGCCACGCCCGUGGUCUACCUCUUGGACGUUGUGACGCCGUACACCCCGCAGCCUCUACUCCGAUCCAAGUUCACUCAGAUCCUCACGCUACUCGCACCCGUACUAUUGAUGCAAGACGCCGAAGCUAUCCUGCUCAGGACAUCCAUCGGCUGCUUGGAAUCCCUGCUUCUCGCCCAGGAUGCGCCGUCGUGGGAGCUCUCUGUGUCCCAGAUUGGACCGCGCCGCGCUGUUGCCGGCUUGCUCAACCUUUCUCUGGACCAUCGGCCAAAGAUUCGAAAGCGAGCACAAGACGCUCUCAAGAAGGUUCUGAAGAAUCCUCCUCCUAGCCCGUCACUGGAUCACCCGGCUGCCGAUAUGUGCGCGCAAACUGCGCUGAAGAAUUUGGAGGAUCUGGCUGGCAAAGCUGCUGAUGCGCGCAAGGGCAAGAAAUUAUCCGAUACUACUCACGAUCCGGCCCUGAUCCAUGCGCUUCACUUAGUCAAGACUGUGGCGACGGCGAGCGGCGGCUGGCCCAGCACCAAGAUUGAAUCUUUGUGUGAGCUGUUACUGGGCAUCGCCAAGACUGGUAACGAAUACAUGACCAUGGCUGGCUUUGAAAUUUUCGAGUUAAUAUUUGAGAGCAUGAGUGCCGAGGUAUCUUCAUCCAAGUUGCCACGGCUUAUGGAGAUCAUCUCAGAACUACGCCCCGCUGCUAACGACACCCAACUUGUUCCACCUUGGUUGGCCAUUCUGUCACGAGGAUUCGAUGUUUCUGCUCAGGCCGAGCCAGAUGAGACUUUUCAAAAGUUGCCCGAGUUGUUCGCCAUGAUUGCACAAUUCCUGGAAUCACAUUCUGAAAACAUUCGAAUCUCAGCUUCAGAGUGUCUAGUGUCUUUCAUGGCUAACUGCAUUCCCCAGCAAGUCAUCCUAGGACCAUCGAUAUACGAAGAAAAGAUUUUGGACAAGAUCACAAAGACUGCCGAGUCUCUACUUACCGUGCAGUACCAGGCUGCUUGGUUGCAGACCUUCAACGUACUCGGCGCCAUGUUCACCUCCUUCCGAUGGCAGUCCUACCCGAGGAUGAUGAACAUCACCAAGACCAUUGGCGAAAUUCGCGAAAACUCCUCAUUUAGAAACAAAAGGGAAGCUGAUGAAAUCAUUGGACAAGCCGUGCAGGCCAUGGGACCUGAAGCAGUUCUUACUGCUCUUCCCCUAAACAUUAUCAAACCAGUCAAGGGACAGGCUGGACGCGCAUGGAUGUUCCCCAUUUUGCGAGACUACGUUAGCAACACUGAGUUGGACCACUUCAAGACUGAAAUGGUCCCCCUUAGUGAGCUUAUGUUCCAGAAAGUUUUGGAUCACGGCUCAGCCGAUAAGACUAUGGAAAUCAAAAUCUACGAGACGUUGGUGCAACAAAUCUGGGCUACGCUACCUGGAUACUGCGACCUUCCCAUGGAUCUCAUGGAAGCCUUUGACCAAGGCUUUGCCGAAAUGCUCGCCAACCUCUUGUAUAAGCAGGUUGAGCUACGAUUGGAUAUCUGCCGAGCUUUGAAGACCUUGAUCGAGUCAAAUCAGGCUAUUGCAAGCAUAGGAGACGAAGAAGAGGACUUCAUGCUCCAAAGCAGAGUCUCCCGCGACACCGCCCAGAAGAAUCUCACGUAUCUCGGACAAUUUGCCGGCAACAUGCUUGCUGUCCUAUUCAACGUGUACACGCAGACACUCCCUCAAAGCAGGGGUCCUAUCCUCCAAACCGUCAAUGCCUUCCUCAGCAUCACACCACUCCACGAGGUUGUUGAGACUUUUGGCCGUGUGAGCAAGAUGCUGGCUGCAGAGCUCGAGAACACACAGAAGCCCGAGGAGAAGGGAAAGGGCUCAAAGGCCAAGGACCACAUGCCAUCCACCGCUCAGACUCUGAUGGAUCUCGUAAUUACGAUGUCAACCUACCUUCCCCGCGACAGCUUCGCUUCAUUGUUUGAGAUUGCCGCUGUAAUUAUUUACAGAGAGGACGAACCACAGCUUCAGAAGAAGGCCUAUAGACUUAUUCCCCGCUUGGCCACUUCUGAGCUCGGCAAAGCUGCUCUUCAAGAGAAGAAUACUGAGUUGCAGCAGCUAAUCCUGUCUAGCUCUGAAAAGGUAUCUGCUCCCGCUCGGCGCGAACGACUGGCAGCCAUUUCCGCUCUCCUCCCGUUUACCUCUGACGAUUCCCUCCAUUUCAUCCCCUCUGUACUUAGUGAAGUGGUCAUCUGUUGCAAGGAAAACAACGAGCGUGCUCGGGAGACUGCCUACGAUCUACUUGUUCAAAUGGGCCAGCGCAUGAUUGCCGCCAACGGAGCCAAAAUUGACAACAGUAAAGUUCGUCACAUGCCCAGCGACGCACCAGCUGGAACUGCCAACAUCGAGGAAUACUUCACCAUGGUUAGCGCCGGUCUGGCUGGCAGCACGCCUCACAUGAUUUCAGCAUCCAUCACUGCCAUCAGUCGUCUCCUUUAUGAGUUCCGCUCCUCCCUGGCGGAGCAGACGCUUUCCGACCUGGUCCAAACCAUGGACCUCUUCCUCACCUCCAAUAACCGCGAAAUCGUGAAGAGCUGUCUCGGCUUCGUCAAAAUUUGCGUCAUCAGUCUCCCUCUGGAGCUGAUGAUUCCCCGCCUAGCCACUCUCGUCCCCAACCUCAUCAUCUGGAGUCGCGAACACAAAGGCCACUUCAAAGCCAAAGUCAAGCACAUUCUUGAACGCAUGGUACGCCGUUUCGGCUACGACCUCAUUCACAAGAAUUGCCCCGAGGCCGAUCGCAAGCUCAUCGUUAAUAUUCGCAAGACCAAGGAACGCACCAAGAAGAAGAGAGAAGCCACCCGUACCGGUCAAGGCGAUGAUGCCGGUGACGAGUCUGACGAAGAGCAGUCCGGCAAGCGUCAGUAUGAGAACGAGUACGACCAGGCCCUGUACAGUAGCGACUCCGACGAUUCUGCCGCAUCAGAUGAUGAAAAAACCAACCCCCGACAGAAGAAGUCUCAAAAGGGCGGCAAGACAUACAUCAUCGAAGAUGACGAUGAGCCGCUCGAUCUUCUCGACAAGAAAGCCCUGGCUAACAUCUCUUCCACCAAGCCCCUCAAGAACCGCAACCCUACCAAAUCCAAAGCCAAAUUCGACCCUGACGGCAAGCUCAUCCUUGGCGCAGAAAGCGACGACGAACCUGCAGCCGAAGAUGGCAUGGACAUUGACAAGCCCGAAACCUCGGGAGUAGGUGCCUACGUUGCCGCCCUCAAGGGCAAAGACGCAGCGAAGCGCGGCAGAGGCGGCAAGCUCAAGUUCUCAAAUCGCCGCUCCAAAGACGACGACGACAUGGACGAGAUGGAUGGGGACGACGUCGCCAUAAUCAAGAACAAGAUUAGUCCCGGCCGCGCCGAUAGGGGCAACAAGUUCCGCGGCAGAGGGGGUGUGAGGGGCGGACGUGGUGGACAAGUUGGACGAAGUGGCAAGGGGGGCAUUUCGGCAGGGAGAAGAGGGUUAGGCAUUGACAAAAGACAUGGUGCUCCGGCGCAAGGGAUCGGAAAGGGGAGGAGAGGACGGAAUUAA